AUGUGGUUCUACUUCAGAACAGCCUUUCAUCUCAAACAAAGCUCUGCUGAAAAUGAUUCAAUAACUGGAAACCAGGACAUUCAAAUUAGAGAAAAUAUCAAUGCUUCUAGUUUAGGAUCCGCCAAUCAAACUUCACAUUCUUCAAGCGAAAGAGAUGUAAGACCUGAUCCAAAUGAUAACCUUGAUUCAUUCUUAUCUUUUAGUCCUGCUUCUACUCAGGAAAGAAGAGAGAAGAAAAUUAGGGUUGAGCAAUUGAAAGGGAAAAUGCUCGUGAUGAAGCAUUCAAACCAAAAUGCUCCAGGUGAUCAUCCUGAAAUGUUCUUUAGCAAGACUGGGAAGAAAUUCAUAGAUAAAUAUGGGGAUUGUUCUAGCAUCAUGAUGUGGGGAUAUGAUGCUGAAAAGAAAAUGUGGAUCAUUAAGCAAAAAAGCGGACGAAUUGAAUAUUAUGAGAAGAAAGUUGACUUCUUUUCUUGGAAAUUUUUUUGCUCUUUCUGA